AUGCAAGGCGACGGCAAUCGGGCUGCCCGCCUCAAAAAAGCGUUCAGAGACUUUCUCAACGGAACUCGAUCGGUUGCCGCAACUCGCGAUGCUGAGUUAUUCCUCGAGGCUUUCAGAGCUCAGCAUUCAUCAUCAGUAUGCCUUGAACUCGUUUUAGGAAGCUCUUCAGGACUUGCUGCUGUCCAGAAGAGCGUGAGAGCUAGUUCAAGUCUCCCCUUCAUUUGCUCUCAAGUAUUGCCCUUUGUUCGAUUUCUGAGCCAGCCCGAAGCAAAAGCGAUUUGUGAGGGCAACCUGUUGUUCCAAGUUAUCGGUGCUAUUGUCGACCCUCCUACUGCCUGGAAUGCCAUCCUUGGGCAUUACGUCGCAGGUGGCUUUGGCGAAGAAGACGUCGAAACAUUUGCAUGGCUCUGUUCAGAGAUUGUCAUGCAGUCCACGGCAGAAUUUGCCUCAAUCGCUGCCGAAAUAGAAUCUACUAUGCAGAGUCAUUCAUUUACAAGCCAUGCCAGCUCCAAGGUCCGAGAAUUUGGUUAUCGGAUUCAGAAGAUGUUUCAGAUGAGAGCUUCUUCAGGCACCACCAGUACAGAAGACCUGGAAGGCCCCGGCGGAAGACACGAUAAUGAUUUUGCAGACUUUCGCAAAAUUUCAAUUUACCCAACCAGAGAUGAGCUCACCUCCACCAUGCAGCCAUUUUACCGUCGUGCCGACGAGGUGGCCAAAUCUGACCUAGCUGAGAGGGCAGGCAAGCAUCUCGAUAAUCAGUUUCGUCUUCUCCGCGAGGACAUGCUUGCCGAGCUACGAGAGGAUCUUCAGAAUGCCAUGGGCCAAAGAACACUGAGACGCCGCGUACAUGUGCUUGGAGGCCUUUUUCCUAUGAGCAUCGACACAGUAGAUGCACGCCGGGGCCGGCUCUGUAACCUUCGUGUCAGUGUCGGUUACGGACUCGAGCAGCUUGCCAACUUUACAGCCGGCCAACGCAAGCUCUUCCUCCAAGACAACCCCGGCCUUUUGCGUCACCAAUCUUUUGGGGCGAUCCGUUGUGAUGAUGCCAUAAUUGGGUUUGCCCUCGUAGUCCGCAACAACGAUGACCUUGUCCGAGACCCUCCUGUAUUCGGCUUGCAAUUCUCUUCGCCUGAUGCCAUGAUCAAGGUCAUCAAAAUGCUACCGAAAGCGCGAAGCUUAGAGUUCUUGGUCAUUGACACUCCUAUAUUUGCCUAUGAACCUGUUCUCUCACGACUUCAAAACCUUGUCGAGCUGCCGCUGGAAACGAAGUUGUUGCAGUGCUGUGAGGACGUCGUCGACGAGCACUAUGCGCCAGCUCAACUCUUCGAGAACCUGGUUCAAAAACUUCGUGCAUCGACCUCUGAAGCGAAGAAUAUUCGGCUGGGUGAUGAAGAAUUCUCUUUGGAUGAAGCACAAGCUGAUGCUCUGGCUUCAAUCAUAGAGAAACCAUUGGCGAUCAUUCAGGGUCCACCUGGCACGGGCAAGUCAUAUGUUGGCGCAAUAGCCGCGAAGCUCCUGCUCCAAGUUCCGCGCGCUCGGAUUCUUGUCCUCUCGUAUACCAACCACGCUCUCGACCAAUUUCUCGAAGACCUUUUGAAUAUAGGGAUUGAUCAAAACCAAAUGACUCGCCUUGGCUCCAAGUCUUCAGCUGCGACAGCUUGUCUGUCAUUCGAAAGCCAAUCUCUUGAGACCGGCUCCCGACUGACAAAUUCUCAGCACACCUUGUUCAGGCAACUUCGACAAGAAAUCAGCCAGCUUAGGACCUGCAUCGGAGAAGAGUUCAAUAGAAUUGACUUUGAUCCACCCUACAGAGAGCUUUUGGAUUACCUCGAAUUUUCCGACGAUGCUCAGCUACAGCUCUUCUGGAGGGCAUUCCAGAUACCAGAGGAAGAAGAUGGUUUCCAGAUGGCUGGGGCCAAUGGCUCCGUAAUGGAUUCGGACUAUCUUUUCGAUCGAUGGUGCAAGGGAAAAGAACCUGGAGCAAUGGCAAAUCAUAUAUCGCCAGAGUGUAUGCCUAUAUGGGCCCUUCCAAUGGACCAGAGGAUUUUCUGGAGGGAUCAGUGGGCGGCGGCUAUCCUGGAGGAGCAUCUCGAAGCAUUGGAUGGCCACAUGACACGCUCCGAUGAUAUACAGCGGCGAAUCGAGACCAUUUACAACGAGUCUAGACGCGCUUUGAUCCGGAGAAAAAGGAUCAUUGGAUGCACCACCACUGCUGCAGCCAAGUACUCGUCUCUCGUGGAGGCAGCCCAACCGGAUUUCAUUCUGGUUGAAGAGGCAGACGAGAUUCUGGAAGCCCACAUUCUUGCCGCAUUGAGCCCUUCAACCAAGGGUCUGAUCCUUAUCUGA